AUGACUAAAACUAAAGCAUAUCGAGUUUUGGGUACAAUAAAUCCACUUGAAUCUUUAGUUGAACGUACAAAUCAUUUUCUUUAUGGUUUAUGGUAUAAUAAACAUAUUACACAAAAACAAUAUGAGAAAUUAAAGGUUAGUAAAGAAGAAGCUGAAUUAGCUCACCUUUAUUUCUUACCCAAAGCACAUAAACCAAAUACACCAUUAAGACCUAUAAUGGCAGGUCUUAAAUCUUCAACUACAGCUAUAUCGAGAUGGUUAGGUAGUCUUUUAAGACCUCUAUUCGAUCGAUUAGCAUCUGAUACAACCAUAUUAAUUGGGGUUCAAUUAAUAAGACAAGUUGAAAGAUGGUGGGCUACAUAUCUUACAGCAGCCACAUCAUUCAUAACAAUGGAUGUUACUGAUUUGUGUACAAUGAUUCCUCAUGAAGGAGGAGUAGCAGCCAUAAAAAGAUUAAUUGAAACAUCUGGCUUAAAUAUAAUCAAUGGUGUUAAAAAAGAGAUCAUAUUAGCUCUCACCAGAUUUGUUAUGACCAAUAAUUAUUUCUAUUUUGAUGGGUCAAAUUAUAAACAAAUACGUGGAGGAGCUAUGGGCUCACCAUUGAUCCUGGCAAUAGCUAAUGCAUACAUGUAUUUUGUUGAACGUCCUAUUUCUAAAUGGGCUAACAGAACAUGUUCAUUAAACUAUAGAUAUAUUGAUGAUCUAUUUAUCAUGUCGAAUGUACAUGCAGACAUAUUAAAAGGUCUCGUGAGGUUCUGGAAUAGAAUCGAUAAUAAUAUUGAAUUUUCAGAAUCUAUAGGACAGACUGCAGAGUAUCUUGACGUUAAACUUGAAAAUAGAGGAGAUAAAUUGAUAUCUGAAGUUUUUCAUAAACCAUCAUAUGAACCAUAUUUCCUCCCUUACAUAAGUACACAUGCACGCCAUAUGAAAGAGAAUAUUCCUUUUAGAGCUCUUGUAAGAGCUAUACGUUAUUGUGCAAAUUAUGAUACUUAUAAACGUGAACACGCCUAUAUGUGUGUAUCGUUACCCUUGAACAAAUACCCAUUGGAUUUUAUUCUAAAACAAUUUGAAAGAGUCUCACAGACAUUUCAGUGUGCAGUAUCUGCACAGAAGAAUUUCUUAAAUAUGAGAAAGAUCCUUCUUAAUGCCACAGAUAAUAAUGCAAAGAAAGCUAAAAUAUAUUCUAAAGUUAAUAUUAUGUGUCAUUUUUCCUUUUGUAAAGGAAUGCAUGCUUUUUCGACCCGUUUUUAUAAACUCUGGGACGAUUGUUUUUCUGACACAGCCAUUUGCAACAUGAUACCGAUUGUUGGUUCUAAAAGAUUAGAUAAUCUUCAAGAUUAUCUUGUUCGAAAGAAACCAGAUAAAUCAGCACUUAAAAUCUAUACUUAA